UGGCAUUGCGCUGAUAAAGCUCUCUGCAAUGUAUAAACAAUAUUUUUGAAUGCAAAUAUUUCUUAAAUUAAGUAAUUUAAGACAUGUUGGUGUGACUGAAAUGCCAAAAAACUUCUGCUUUUUGGUGAACAAUCAUUUUAUUUCUAACUUUUUUGCUUUUUGACGUGUUACUGGCUGACAUCAAAGUCUCUAAACUUGUGAUGUCAACUCAGAAGUUUCCUACAUAACAACCAUGUUUAGACCCAAGAAUUGGUCUUUCAUUCAGAUGGGACCAAACCUCACCGUAAGGGUCUUCAGACAUGACGCCCAGAGUCCUCUCCCCUUGUCACGGCUGCUGUCAUCCCCUCAUGAAGGAUGUUUCACAGCGCAGUGACAGGACCAAAGCUUGACCUGAUCGAGAGCCCUGACCGCAGAGCAGAGAUCCGCAGGCACGUUAAGAUGGUCAUGGAGCAGCUGGAGGAAGUUCUCGCAGAGCUCAAGGACGUGGCGAAAGAGCUCCGAGAGGUUGUGGCUCAGAUUGACAAAUUAACAUCAGAUAUUCACCUUGACCCUGAAGACGACCUGACGUUUACAUGCUGCAGUGAGGAUCACAUGAGAUUACCCGAUGACCUCUUUCAAGCUGGGAUGUUUUCCAGCAUCCGUGACCUCUCGAAGCAUAUUCCUCCGCUAGACCCGGCCGCAGCUAGAAAACAAAACGUGUAUCAUAAGAGUUGUGGAGAUUUACCAGGCCUGAAUGGACCAUUAAAGCCUCAAGAUAACCUAAAAGCCUCCUGGCUCUAUGGAUCUGGAGGUAGGAUCCGCUACUAUGACAAAACGCUUUAUCAUGCUCUGUGCUGCGAUGAUGAUGAUGAUGAUGAAGAUAGAGGUGGCAUGAGAUCCUCCAGACUCUCUUCCACCGAUUCAGUGUUUUCAUCUUCACCACGGCUUCUGACGCCCACAUCCGUUCGUAAGGCUCAUCGUAGUUGCAGUACGCAAACCGUUUCUGAUAAAAGCACACAAACUCACUUUCCAUACAUGCCAAGCAAAGACCUUGACUAUAGGAACUAAAUCUCUGAUUCUGCUAUUUGUUGAAAAUGAUUUUGUGCAUCUUUAUUCCUGACUAAUAAUGAUAUUGAUUUAUUGUUUUCUUUAUUCUCAUGGGGUUUGCAAGAACAACUUAACAGCAUUUUGAUUCAUUAUAUGAAUGACUGAAUAAUCAUGCAUUUCCACAGAUCAUUAACACUUUAUCAAAGCCCCCUAAAGAGUGAGAAUUGGUUUUGGUCACACCCACAGUGCGCAGUAAACAGACGCGGUUAAAUCGAGCGGGUGGUACGCUUUCAUGGAAUAUAAAUAAUAGGCUUUAUAUUAAGCUGUUAUUUCUGAAAACCCUGCUGCAUUAUUAAUAAAAUGAUGGAGCAAACUUUUGGCAGCCAUUUCAUGAAUCAUUUUCUUCUCUUCAGGACAUUAAUUAGGGAAUCUGUUCCUGUGUUUUGCUUUAAACAGUACAUAAAUUUACAACAGUAACCUACAGUACAUUGUAAUUGUGGUUAUAGCAAAAAAAAAAACGAAAAUGAUUUUAACAAAUUGAUAAAAAUGUGACUUUUGAUAGUUUGCAUACUUAGGAUUAAGGAUUUGAUCAAACAAAUUUCUAAGCAUUAAACUUAUCCAGCAUCAUUUUUUCCACAGACACAGAUCUGACGUACAAUGUUCACAUGGCAGAUGAUAAAAUAUCCAGUAGUCAUACUGGAAAAACAGCUAAAAUGAGCUUAAGCUGGUUGGCUGGUUUUAGCU